CGCUCGCGACGACAUGGAAGGUGAAUUUGGGCGCGGGAGAGAUCACGAGCGGAGUGAAAAAUGAAGCAGGUAUGUGCGCGAGCAUUCACCCCGGUACGAAUGCAGGUGUGCGCUGGGCCGAAUAAGCCCAGAAGAGGCGCGAGGAUGAUGGCAACUCGUGCGUCUCCAAGCUCCGUCGACGUCGUUGUCGUCGUCGUCGUCGUCGUCGUCACGAGACUGCCGCGGCAACCACUUCCGUCUGCGCGCUUCUCGUUUCUACGAACGUUUCGUCACGCUUGUCACAUGCUUACCGCACGAAAGAGACCGCGGUCCGGUAAAAAUAUUGUGAUGGUCGGUGACGUCGUUAUUGUCCACCGCUCUGCGUUCGCCACUACCCAUCGGGCGGCGAACGAUGCAGAAACGUAUGCGGUUUGCGCCGAAAAGAAAGCAUGACGUACGACGUGAUGUGGCGUGUUUAUUUUAUGUUAAAAAAUUCCAUUGUUAAAAUACAUUAUACAAAAGUGUACUAUGUAAGGUAAAAAUUGUAACUUGUUUUGCGCAAACUCGGACUUGUUUCAUGAUAAGCGCGUUACGUAAGUGAUUGCCAUGUCAUAGAUUGGCCUACAUAGGCACAUUAUCGCUGAUAAAGAUGCUUACGCGGUAUUUUAAUACAGACUUCCUUUGCAACUCAAGUUUUAUUAAGACUAAUAAAUCUACAAAUAUGAAAUGUUAGAUAGGUCAGUUGAACUUUUUAUCUAUUAAUUGGAAAUCGCGCGCGAGAAUCUUAAUAUCAACUACGUAGAUAACAGCGUAAUAUCGACUAGGUGUAGGUAACUGACAAUGUGUACUGAUGACGUCAAUUUAAUAUAUAUGCUGAUUAUCUAUGUGUUUGUUAUCUACGCUAAUACAAAUAAUCUGUUAUUUAUCAUAUGUAUCUGUGAUGAUCAAAUGCUCAUGCAUAAUUAGAUAUGCGUGCACAUAAUAUCUCGAUAAUGCACUUACAUAACAACUGUACGAUAAAUAAAUCUCUGAAAGCUGGACGAUUAUUUAAAUAUUA